AUGGCCCAACCUAAUCACCCCGACAUCGCCAAUAAGCCCGCCAAGGGUAUCUCCUACUACACCCCGGCCCAAGUGCCUCCGGCCGGAUCUGCCGCGAUCCCGCAAUCGGAUGGAUCACAGCCUCCCAAGCUCUUCCAGCCCAUGAAGGUGCGGGGCUUAACCUUCCAGAACCGAAUCGGGCUCUCCCCGCUCUGCCAGUACAGCGCCGACGAUGGACACAUGACGGACUGGCACAUGGCGCAUCUGGGCGGCAUUGCCCAGCGUGGGGCCGGGUUCAUCAUGGUCGAAGCAACCGCCGUGCAACCGGAGGGCCGCAUCACCCCGCAAGACCACGGCCUGUGGAAGGACUCGCAGAUCGAACCGCUCCGUCGCGUCGUCGAAUUCGUGCACAGCCAGAACCAGCAUAUCGGCAUCCAGCUGGCGCACGCCGGCCGCAAAGCGAGCACUGUCGCGCCCUGGUUAAGCUCGGGCGAUAUGGCGACCGCCGCGGUGGGCGGAUGGCCGGACAAGGUCUAUGGUCCGACCAACGUGCCCUUCACCGAUCGGUUCCCGACCCCGAAGGCCAUGACUAAAUCCGAUAUUGAGGAUUUCAAGCGGGACUACGUGGCCGCGCUGAAGCGUGCCAUCAAGGCCGGGGUGGACUUUGUGGAAAUCCACAAUGCGCACGGAUACCUGCUCAUGAGCUUCAUUUCUCCUGCUACGAAUAAUCGCACCGAUGAGUACGGCGGCAGCUUUGAGAAUCGCACUCGUCUGUCCAUGGAGAUUGCCAAGCUGACCCGUGAGAACGUGCCCAAGGAUAUGCCCGUGUUUCUGCGUGUCUCGGCGACCGACUGGCUGGAGGAGGUGAUGCCCAACGAACCCAGCUGGCGUGUGGAGGAUACUGUUCGCUUCGCGCAGGCACUGGCUGAGAGCGGGAAUAUCGAUGUGCUGGAUAUCAGCAGUGGCGGCAACCACCAGGCGCAGCACAUCCAUGCCAAGGCGGGCUUCCAGGCUCCUUUUGCCGUGGAGGUCAAGAAGGCUGUUGGGGAUCGCAUCCAGGUUGGUAGCGUCGGGAUGAUCAGCAAUGCUUCUCUGGCCAAUUCUCUGUUGGAGAACAACGGGCUGGAUUUCGUGCUUGUCGGUCGUGGGUUCCAGAAGAACCCGGGACUGGUCUGGACCUGGGCCGAAGAAUUGGAUGUGGAAAUCUCCAUGGCCAACCAGAUCCGGUGGGGAUUCUCGAGUCGGGGAGGUGGUGUGUAUCUGAAGAAAUCGGCAGGAUAA